CACAGCGACUCGGAUUCAGAGCCAGAGUUUUCCUCCCUCUCACCCUCCAUCCCAAGCGCCAUCCCUGUGACCGGAGAGUCCUACUGCAACUGUGAGAACCAGAGUGAAGCACCCUACUGCUCCAGCCUGCACGCCCUCCACCGCGUCAAGGACUGCCAGUGCGGCGAGGAGGACGACUAUUUUGACUGGGUGUGGGACGACCUGAACAAGUCGACAGCCACUUUGCUGAGCUGUGACAACCGCAAGGUGAACUUCCACAUGGAGUACAGCUGUGGCACGGCCGCCAUCCGCGGGAACAAGGAGCUGGCAGACGGGCAGCACUUCUGGGAGAUCAAGAUGACCUCCCCAGUCUACGGCACAGACAUGAUGGUGGGAAUUGGGACGUCGGAUGUGAACCUGGACAAGUACCGGCACACCUUCUGCAGCCUGUUGGGCAAGGAUGAAGACAGCUGGGGACUGUCCUACACAG